AUGAGGAUCUCCACCAUAUCAAGUGCCAACUUGAGCUUCUCUACAUUCCUGCUGACAGGCUUCCCAGGCCUAGAAUGGGCCCACCAUUGGAUCUCACUGCCUAUUUUUGUAGUAUACCUCGUGGCCCUCUUGGGCAAUGCCACCAUCUUGCAUCUGGUACGAACCGACCCUUCUCUCCACCAGCCCAUGUACUACUUUCUGGCCAUCCUGGCUGUGACAGACCUGGGCCUAUGCAUGUCCACAAUGCCCUCAGUGCUGGGUGUGCUGUGGUUUGAUGCCCGGACAGUGGGCCUGGUGCCCUGUGUCCUGCAGCAGCACUUCCUACACUCCUUUUCCUUCAUGGAAUCAGCUGUGCUCUUUGCUAUGGCUCUGGACCGCCUCGUGGCCAUCCGCUUCCCACUGCGCUAUGCAUCUGUGCUUUCAGGUCCUCGUGUGGCAUUGGCAGGGCAGCUGGGCAUGCGGAGUGCCGCCAUCACUGCUGCACCUUCACUGCACCUACUGAAUUUUGACUACUGUCGCCCUGGAGCACUGUCCCAUGCCUACUGUCUUCACCAGGAUAUGAUUCGUCUGGCCUGCUCUGACACACGUUUCAACAGACUCUAUGGGCUGUGCAUCAUCAUGCUGGCCAUGGGCUCUGAUGUCCUUUUCAUCCUGCUCUCCUACACUGUCAUCCUCUACACUGUGCUGGUGAUCGCCUCUGCAGGGGAGAGGCUUAAGGCCCUCAACACUUGUGUCUCCCACAUCAUGGCUGUGCUCUGCUUCUACGUGCCUGUGCUAGGUCUGUCCAUUGUGCACAGAUUUGGGCACCACACCUCACCCCUGGUGCACAUCCUCCUGGGCACUGUCUCUGUGCUCUUCCCACCACUGAUAAACCCAGUUAUCUAUAGCAUCAAGACCCAGCAAAUCCGCAGGGCCAUUAUGAAGAUAGUUUCACUGGGGAAGACACAGUGA